AUGAGUGCAUUUUGUUAUUUAAUAUUUUGUUUUCUAAUUUUUGUUCCAACUCCAACGAAAACAACUGAUAAAGUUAUAGUUGACAAUGAUUGGAGUGGUUCAGCAUCAUUUAUUCCAGUGUUACUUUUAUUGGAUGCUGCAGCAGAAAUUCUUGGUAUCACUGUUGUAGUUGGUGUUAGUUGGGUAGAUCAAGAAACAUUACAUGUAUUACGCUUUCUUGAAUUGGGUAAUCUCACUAAAAUACCAGUUUAUAAAGGUGCUACUUAUCCACUUUUGAAUACUCCUUUUCGUACAAAUACAUGGGAAAUAAUGCAUGGCAAAAUUCCAUAUAAAGGAGCAUUUGAAGAAAAAAAUGUAACAGCAGAAGCUGAAGGUACGGAUCCAACUGGUGGAAAUCCAACACGUAUUGUUCUAUCUGCUUUACCAGAAGGUCUUCCAACAACAACAACAACAGCUCAAGAUAUGCAUGCAGCCAAUUUUCUUAUUGAGCAAGUACAUACAUAUCCUAAUCAAGUAUCAAUUUUGGCUCUUGGACCAUUGACAAAUAUUGCUUUAGCAAUCAAAUUAAAUUCAACAUUUGCAAGUAAUGUCAAAGAAAUUUUUGUACAAGCUGGUUUUUUCGAUAGAAAUCUUGCUCAGGUAACUGGUUCAGUUCUUCAAGCUAAUCUUAAUUCAGAUUUCAAUCUUCUUUUCGAUCCUGAAGCAGCAUCAAUUGUUCUUACUGCUGAUUUUCCUUCCAUUGUUCUUGUUGGUCGAGGUGCACAGGUGGCUACUUUUAAUUCAUCUUAUAUUGAUAACAUUACUAGUAUAGUUACACCAUACACGACACUUAUUGCUAAAUACUAUCCAAGAAAGUUUCCAAUGUGGGAUGAAGCAGCAACUGCUGUUCUUAUUCAUUCUAAUCUAAUAACAAAUGCUGUUUCUGCACUUGCUGAUAUUGAUAUUGCUUAUAGUAGUCCAUCUUAUGGCACUGUUCAUCUUUGGCAAAAAUUACUUGCUCCAGUUUAUGUACGAAAUGUUAGUUUUAUCCAGGCAAUAGAUACAACAGAAUUUUUUAAUUUAGUUCGACAAGCAGUUCAAAAAAAUUAUUAG